GCGGAGCGUUGCCUAGUUGACAAGAGCGUUAUGUAGAAAUUAACCAAAAUGAUGAGGAAUUGCGAGCGUUUGAGGGUUUGCUGGACCGGGUCCCGCAGAUGACCGCAGGCCGCUCUGCUGAGGCCUCCCCUGACCGCAGGAGGGCGCUGCGCGCUGACGGCUGAGCGCCAGCAGGGGGUGUGGUUUCGCGGCACGAAACCCGGGAGGAGAUGCCGAGACGGAGAGACGCGGACAGGACCCGGAGGGACUCGGUGGGACAGAGAUGGACGCGCAGGUCAAAGAGGGGAAACUGUACGUGUGGCAGCAGCAGAGCUUUGGCAAGAAGGGGCGCUGGCGGAACACGUGGGCGGUGCUCUACGCCCCGAGCCCCACCGGAGUGGCCCGACUCGAGCUGCGCGAGGGACGCCGAGCCGAAGGCGCCAGGCCCAGGAGGUCGGACAGGAAGGUGCUGCGCCUCUCGGAGUGCGUGAGCGUGCAGGAGGCGCCCGACGAGCCCGGACCCGAGGAGGACACGGCCGUGUUCCGCGUGGCCACCGCCGAGCGCGCGCUCGCCUUCGCCGCCGCCCGGAGCGCGGCCUCCGACUGGGUGCACGAGCUGUGCCGCAUCGCCUUUCAGGGCGGAGGUGGGCGGGACUCCGCGGCUCUGCAGCCAAUCAGAAUGGAGGAGAACCUGAUCUACGCUUCGAGAGAUGAGGCAAACGAUUUCUGGGUGAAUGUGCGGCGGACGGAGGCGGCCGAGCGCUGCGGCCUGCAGGGGGCGUACUGGCUGAGGCUCGCCGGCGACUGCCUGCAGCUGCUGGAGCCCGACGGCAGAGGGAGCGUGCUGCACUGGCCCUGCAGGCUGCUCCGCCGCUACGGCUGCGACAAGGAGACGUUCUCGAUCGAGGCGGGCCGGCGCUGCGACUCCGGACCUGGCGGCUUUUGCUUCGAGAGCCGCCAGAGCGGGCACAUCUUCGCUCGGGUGGAGGAGCUGAUCCGCGAGCAGACCCUCAGCGCCCCGGGGCCCGGCCCCGCCCUGCAGGAGGAGGGGGAGGCGGAGCCGCCGGCGCGGCGCCGCCUGCCCGAUCCUCCCGUUCCCCCGAGCCCGCGGAGCGCCGACCUGCUGGAACAGAGCAGCCCCUACGCCGAGCCCGCGGACUGCUUGCGCUCGGCCCCUGCGCGCCAUCGCCAAGGCAACCAGCUGGAGCCGCUGUACUCGGGUGUGUACGACCCGGUCGGCACAGACCUGGCCCAGCGGACAGGCUCCUUGGAGCUGGAGAAGGGCCAAGGGGGCGGAGACGGCUCUCCCGCGUCCGAUGAGAGAGCUGGGGGGGAGGGGCCUGAACCUGUGUACAGCCAGGUGGUGAAACACGCCCUCCCCCGGCGUACCAGAGGGGGCGUCUCUGACAUCAUCUACGACAACCUGGGGGAAGUGUGAUCUUUAACCUCUCGCUAUCGUAACAUUUCCUUCUCUCCUUUAGCCACCGACCUCAUCUAGGAACGAAGAACUGAAUUCUGAUUGGACAGAGGCAGCGUGUCAGGAUUGCCCGUGUGUGUGUGUGUGUGUGUGUGUGUGUGAGACACCUUGAUGCACUCAGCAGUAACCUAUCCACUAUCUGUUUCCAUUAUUCGUAGCUGUAUUGUUUAUAAACUGCUGUACAUUUAAAAAUUACAAAUAUCCAAGACUUUUAAAGCUAAUAACAUGGAGCUGGGUUAAAAUUAAAACUAAUGUCAAAGGACUAAAAAUAAAAAUACGUUCAUUUAAUACCACUUGGUGAGAGAUCCAUCCAAUAAACACGUCUGGCGUUCCUCGCAUGGUUAUUGACCCCCCAAAAGACGAGCCGUGAACACUGUCCCCACCUACUCUGCUCUUUACUGCCCCCUAAAGGCUUGAUGCGGAAACACAGGUCACUUUCACUGUGAAACUGUUUCU